UUUCACGUGUACACGUGCGUGCGCACGCAUAGAGAGCUGAUGCAAUGUGAUGAUUUUUUUCUCCAAAGGCGUUUCGUGAAUUUGCCAGUGAACGGCACCAGUGAGCAUUAAAGUGCGUUAAAAAGUAAAAUCGUCUUUGUGAGUGAUUGAGUGAAUUUCAAAGUUACAAAAAAUAAUUGGUUCUUCCUUUUUCCUUCUGAAAGUGGUGCGAACCGGUGUUUUCACGGCCAACUACGAACAGAUAAACCCACUAUGAACGGACCCAGCAAAAUGCCGAAAAUAAUACCCACCAAUGACGCCAAACUCGUCAACCAGCAGCCAGCAAUCUCAACGCCAACAAACGGUAAUCCAUCGGGUCGCUCGGAGGCCCCCUGGAAGCGCAAACAGCUGGAGCACGUGAACGCGGACGGUAGUCUGGACCUGAGCAAAUUGUCGAUGCGUAGAAACUCCAGCUACGGAAGAAUACCGUCGGAAACUCAGGAAGCUAAGGUGUUGGUUAUCUACACCGGAGGAACGAUUGGUAUGAUGCGAAACGAAAAACAUGCACUGGAGCCACGACCGAACGAGUUCGUACGAAAGAUUCGGAAAUACCCCAACAUGCACGACGACGUGUAUGCUAGUAAACGAUUCGGCGAGACGAAGAAUAUGGCACCGCUGGUGCUGCCGUACGUCGAGGGUCAACAUCGACGGAUUCUGUAUCAGAUCACCGAGUAUGAGCCGCUGCUUGAUUCGUCCAAUAUGGGUGUUUCGGAUUGGGUGCGCAUUGCCACCAAUAUUCAGCAGUCGUACGAGUUUUUCGACGGCUUUGUGAUCCUGCACGGUACGGACACUAUGGCGUACACGGCUUCGGCUCUGUCGUUUAUGUUCGAGAAUCUUGGUAAAACGGUUAUAAUUACGGGAUCGCAGAUACCGAUUUUUGAAACUCGCACCGACGGCAAGGAUAAUUUCACUUCGGCACUGAUUUUGGCUGGUAACUACAUUAUUCCCGAAGUCUGCAUUUUCUUCAACAGUCGCUUGUUUCGGGGUAAUCGUACGAUUAAGAUUAGUUGUGAGUCCCUGGACGCAUUCAAUUCGCCAAACACGGCUCCUCUAGCAAAGAUGGGUAUAAAUGUGGAGAUUGAUUUCCGACUGAUUUUCCGAUCUUGUACGAUGGAAAAAUUUAUGGUUCACACCAAGUUGGCUGAGAACGUAGGCCUGCUGCGAUUGUUUCCAAGCAUUUCCAUAGGCACGGUGAAAGCGUUUCUGCAGCCUCCCAUGACUGGGAUUGUUUUGCAAACGUACGGUGCUGGGAAUUUUCCCACUUCUCGAGCGGAUCUAAUCGACAUCCUGCGGGAGGCCACAGCUCGGGGUGUACUCAUCGUUAACUGCACCCAAUGCAACGAAGGAUCGGUUUGUGAGCUGUAUGAAACGGGGCGACUGCUGCAGGAUAUUGGUAUCAUUCCGGGAUACGAUAUGACUCCGGAGGCGGCGCUUGCAAAGCUUGCUUAUGUUUUGAGUAAAGAAGGGUGGGAUCAUGAGAUGCGAAUGUUGAUGAUGAAAAGCAAUUUGCGGGGAGAACUGAGUCGCGAGAGAAAUCCAGAAAUGCAGGAGUAUGAUUUGAUCGAUGCAGUAGCUCGAACUCUUCAGCUUACUUCCACCAAAGAGUUGCACCAACUGAAGUCAACUCUUUUCCCAGCGAUGGUGAAUUCGGCUGUGAUUGCCGGGGAUGUUUCCAAGCUUAGCAAUUUAAAAGGCUAUGGUGCAGAUUUAUCUGUAGAAAACUAUGACCGCCGGACGGCUCUCCACGUGGCCUGCUGCGAAGGAAACUUCGAUGUUGUUCAAUAUUUGCUACAACAUGGAGUAGCCGUGCAUGUUCGCGAUCGUUACGACCACACUCCGCUGAUGGACGCCAUCCUGCAUGAUCACCAUCAGAUUAUCGGCCUGUUGGUCAAAUGUGGAGCUCAUCUAACGGGUUCAAUACGUGCGAUCGGCGAAAGUCUGUGCAAUGCUGCAGCAAAAAACCUGCCGAACCGGCUGGAAUCCUACAGAAUCGCUGGAGCCGAUUUAUCACAGGAAGACACAUGCGGCCGGACUGCACUCCACAUGGCGGCUAUGCACGGCAACAUGGCUGCACUUCGGUACCUUGUCAAGAAAGAAGUGGAAAUAGAUGCCGUCGAUUAUUUGGGUCUCACUCCACUGGAUUACGCGAUCAAGUUAAAUACUACCCCGGUGAUAGAUUUUCUGCUGCAGAAAAAUGCCAGACGGGGCGAAGAGAUAGAUGGCGACACAAAAUCACCCGACUCGUUCGAAUCAUAACUCGUUGUUGAUCUUCCACAUUAUAAAAUAAAACUUUUAUUCUGCUCUAGAAAUACUUCACUAUCCACUACUUUUUCUAUGGCAAUCUAAAACGACUACAUUCAACACGAAAAGGCAGCAACUUAGUUUCUCCUACUACUUCUGCCGGUUUUACUGAUGAACCGCUGCACCACUUCCGGACCGAUGCGACAGACCGGAAAUGCUUGCUCGCAGUUAGCGUUACGACGUCCCGCUCGUAUCGCGUCAUCGAUUGCCGAUCCCGUGGUAAAUUUCAUUGCCCAAUCCGAGCUGCUCAGUCCGUUA